UCCUCUAAACCCUAAUUUUAUCUUCAAUAAUCAAUUGUAUGCGAUCCUUGACAAUUCGAUCUAAUUCUGUAAUUAAAGACUUGAAGUUUCCUAAUUUCUUUUUCUAUCUGUAUGAUUGACGACAAUUAAGGGAUUUUAGUACUAUGAAAAAAAAAAAUCAAAAUUACCCUCAAUUUUCCCCAAUUCGAUCUAGUUCUAUGGUUAAAAACUUGAAUGUGCUUUCGAUUGAUCUUAACUGGAGACUAUAAAUUUACAUCAAAUCAAAGUUCGUUUUUAUUGGGUUGAUUCGUAUUUACAAUUUUACAUUUAUAAUAAUGUAUUAUUUAGCUCCAUGCUUCCAUUGAGUUCUUGAGACUAGCAGCGGUUUUUGUUUGUACUCGUAUGAAGUAGUCAGGAUAGAGUGUGUUUUUCAGCUUUUAGGCUUGAAAAUCUGAUAGUAGGCUAUCAUCAGAUACAUGAAUAAAUAAAAGGAAUUCAGUUUGAUGUGUUUUUUUUUUUAUUUUGCUUCAUGUUUAUUCGAGUUGUGUGGUUGAUUCAAUUUCUUCACCACAUGCCUCCUGUUAUUUGAAUGACAUUCACACUCGAUCACACAGAUUCUCUUCUAUAUUUGGAAGUCGACGAUUUGGAUUGGAUAAAUUGGAUGAUGUUAGUGUAAUUAACCUUUCUGCUUAUUUUCUUUUGUGAAACAAGUGCUCACUACAGAGAAGAUAGAACAUAGUUGCUGCAACUGAGGAGCAUAUACUGAUGGAGCUGGCUGACAGGGCUGUUGGUUUUCUGCUGUGCUGUAUCAGCUUAUCAAUAUUCACGUACUGUACUUUCUGGGUUAUCAUUCUGCCAUUUGUUGACAGCGACCACUUCAUCCACCAGUAUUUCUUACCUCAGGAGUAUGCAAUCAUCAUCCCUGUUCUUGCUGGUGUUACACUUCUUUGUUUUCUGAGCGUCUUCAUUGGAUCUGUAAUGCUGAAAUCCAAAAAGAAGAAGGCUUAAUCUCAUUUGUCUUCAUUUUUUUUUCCUUUUGUUUUCAAUUUUUUCGUGAAGGUUGUUUGUAAUCUUUCUGUAAGACUGUAAGCACAGCCUUCAUUAUACUAAUUUCAUUAGGGUAUGUAUACGGGAACAGCCUUUGAUAUCUGUUAGCAAUGUUAUAAAUAUUGUUCAAAAAUUUCUUUUACCUCGACAUUUUUUCAUUA